GGCUAGGAUAUCUCCCCGUUCUUUUGGGUGUAGCCAUUAUGAAUGUCGCCCCGUUUUGCCCUUCGAUAUGCCCAACCUGCACGCUUUGUUUAUCUCCCCGUUGAUCACGAUGUCUCUCCCAGAUAAACAAAACAACAGCAUGGCAAGCAAACCGUUUGUCCCGCAGGCCGGCUCCGGCUACAGGAAUUCCAAGGCCCCGUUGACGCCAAAACUUGCCGGCUUCAAUUCUCACCUACCUCGAAAACUCGCCCAUUUUGACUCUCCGAGCCCGAAUCACACUCGCACCCCUGAAGCCUCGACGCCCAAACCAUCCGCCAUCCAUAACACGAACAUAACACCAAGAUCGGGUCAGAGAAAGGCGAGAAAGGAUGGGAAUCCGUCUCCGGCUGCAACCACCCCUCCUCCGGGCCAUCUGGCUCCCCGUCUGGCAAGCCAAAAGAGCUCAAGGGGUAGCAACCCUAACGAGGCAUCGCCCACUCCCCAAGAGCAACACGCCGGUGCGAACCUAAGAGUCUCGAGAGCAAAGAGCAUGAGCAAUGAGCCUUAUGGACAUCUACCAAACAACCGGCCAGCAUCGUCGUGUGGUAGCUCUGUCGGGACUCCGAUGUUCUUCCACGCAGAUGAUGCCCGCUCACCGACAUCUUCAGCAUACGACACAGAAUCAAAACCACAACCUCAAUCGAAUCCCCAUCUAGCCCCAAAGUCUUUUAUCUACGCAGAUGGCCGUACCGAAGACUCUACAAAUGCUGCCGAACCCUCCUAUAAGCAACAGCCACCAGUCAAGAAGCCGGUGCUGGCACAGUCUACCCCUAUAAAAUCUCCAGUGUCUCCUCGACUUCAGGAAACGUCCCCUUCAGGGCCACAAGUUAAGCAAUUCACGGGCAAUGCAACCGAACAGCACGUAUUCAGCCCGAAAAUCACGCCGGCACAAGAAAAAACAUUUCCUCAGAUACCCAGUCGUAAUGACCAGACGCCCGAGAACCCUGGCAGGUUCGGCCAUAUCAAAUCCACUAGCUGCGACUCGACACAUACUGCGGGUCGAAAGCACUCAUUUUUGGCUAGCCCUCUAAUACACCGUCCUACACUCUCGCAGGAUAGUACAUCGCAGUCAGCGAGUGAUUUGAUAGACCCAUAUCCGAAAACUUCACAUAAUCGAUCACCUUCCUCGGGGGAAAUAUCACAUAAUCUUCUUCCACGAGCCCCGAGCCCGUCCAAAGAUGACGGGAACGUACUACAGAGAAUGAACGAGCUAGCUGCCAAUGCCAGGCGAGAAAGAAAAGUAUUGGACCUUGAAAUCAGUAACUCGUCUCUAUUAGCUAUAAACCGUGCUCUGGAACGAGAAAUGCGGAAACAGAACGCUGAACUCCGUCGUUUCCGUCGCCUAAGCCGCUCCGGUCGGCUGUCGAUGACAUCCGCUCGCCGUUCUGUUUCAGGGGGAGGGCUUUCGGUACUCAGCGAAGCAGAUGGAGACGAUACGGAUAGCUAUUCCUAUUCCCGUAUGUCACCUGGCUGCUCAGCUGAUGAGCUAACAGAUGACGAGGUUGACCCAUCAAGCUCAGAGGAAGACAACAUGAGCUCAGGCCGUGCAGCAGAACAUGACGAGAAACACCGAGCUAAAGAUGAAAGCAGACUACUUCUCGACCUAAAACGACAUCAACAAUUACUUAUUGACAGCCAGAAGAUGAAUCAAAGCAUCAAGCGCUGCGUCGGAUGGACAGAGAAUCUCAUAUCAGAAGCCAAGAAAGCCUUAGAAUAUAGCGUCCAUGUGAGCGACGUUGAGGUUGGUGGUCGUGUUCUUGGCCCGGAUGACUUUGAUGGCGAUUAUUUCAAGAAUACCCGAGGUUUACUGAGUCCCUCGAUGGAUAUAUCUUGCUCGGAUAUACCGUCGUUCGAAGGGCAUGAGGCCAUCGAAUCACCUCCCUCUAUACCCAAUAGAGAUCCAACCAAUCUACCAUCGUCCACUGGAGAGCGAUAA